AUGACAGAAGUGAAAGGAACUCCCAUCAUUAAAGGUUCACGAACAAUGCAAAUAACUGGCUUAUAUAAAGGAAGGGCAAUUAUUAUAAAAGACUCUUACAGUGUUAUAAAUAAGAAGCUUAAACUAUUUCCUGCUAUGUUUAACUUACAAACAGGACCGAAAGAAGUAUUUCCAUACAACUACUACAGCAGUGUUUUGUUAGCAAAUGACAACAGAACUGGUGUCAUUUCUGAAGCAUGUAAGUUUAUCCGGGAUGCAGAUACAUUCAUGAAAAACAUAGAUUCCAUCAAAGGUUGCAGAAUAGAUGAAAACCACUUCGACUUAGAAAAGUAUAGCACAUUCUAUUGCAAACAAGAUGUAAGAAUUUUAAGAGAAGGUUUUGUAAAGUUCCGCAAUGACUUAUUGAAAGAGUUUGAUUUAAACGUUUAUGACUACGUUAGUAUUUGUUCUAUUGCUAACAAAUUAUUUGAGAACAGAGUGUACUUCCCGAAUGGAAAUUUAUAUGACCUCUCAAAUAAACCAAGAGAGUUUAUUUCGAGAUGCAUUCAAGGUGGAAGAUGUAUGCUGUCAGAUAACAUUAAACAAAAGAGCGAAAAGAAACUCAUUGCUGAUUUCGACGCUGUUUCAUUAUAUCCAUCAGCUAUAGCAAGACUUUAUACUUUAGAAGGUAUUCCAAAGGUUAUGAAGAAAGAAAUGUUAAGCACAGAGUAUCUCAUGAGACAUUUAUUCGAUGACGACCAAAAGGAACCCAUUGGUGAAAAGUUUAUGUCUGGCUUCUUUGUUCUCAUUAAGAUAACAGAGAUUGGCAUACCCAGACACUUUCCUUUAAUAGUUUGUGACCCUGAACUAAAUCCAGAACUUAACGUUCCCAGAAGUUCAAACACUUGCUGUUUAAUGUAUGUUGACCAUAUAACAUUACAAGACCUCAUAAAAUAUCAAGGUGUCAAAUGUGAAGUGUUGCAAGGAUACUAUUACGAUGGAAACAGAGAUAUUAGAAUAAGAGAUGAAGUAAAGAAGUUGUUUGA